UUCAUCCAAUACCCAAUUUCUCUAAAAACUAAAAGCAUAUAUAGCACAACCCCCACAAAGUGUAAGCCACUCCUCAAACUUGCUAAGUUUUUUUCUUUUAUAGUUUUUGUUUUUUGCUGCUAAAUCCUUAUAUACAAACUUACAAAGAGAUAUCAUAAUAAUACAAAAUCAGAGUGUGAAGUGAGCAGGUAUGGAUUGGUUCUCAUGGCUCUCAAAGACUAGCCUUGAGCCAUCUCUAGUGUAUGAGUAUGGCCUUGCCUUUGCUCAGAAUGAGCUUGAAGAAGAAGACAUAAUAUACUUGAACCAUGAGUUCCUCCAAAGCAUGGGCAUCUCCAUAGCCAAGCACAGGCUAGAAAUCCUCAAGAUUGCAAGAAAGGACAAAGGGAAGAGUAGUCCUCAUCCAGUGGCAAGGCUCAUGUUGGCUAUCAAGAGGACAAAGAAGUGCUUCGCCAAUUCCAUUAGAACGUUGGUUCGACGCCAAGAAUCUUCCUCUGCAAUUGUGUUGGUGCCAUCACCAAGGCCUAGCAGUGGUGGUUUAGGGACAAGAUGGAAGAGUGCUUUGAUGAAGAGGAAGAUGAUGCCUCCUAAGAAGCAAGAGAGACUGUUCCUCACAAAUGGAAGUCCUACCGUGCUGCCUGCUCUUGAAGGGUAUUCUAGUCCUGUUGUCUACCAUUUCCAGAAGGAGGAAAAGAUGGACCUUGGAGAUGUUGAUAAUGAUGAUGAUGGUUACUGGUCUGCUGCUGUUGAAGAGAUCAAAUGGGAUACCAUGUUCCAAGAUCUAAAGCCAAACUGAGUAACAUUUUUGCAUUUUUUUUCCUCUUAAUUUUUCCCCUGGGAUUUUACUCAAUCCAUCACUGGAAAUUACAAGUCUGAGAGGGGUAUUCUGGGUUUUUCUACCAGAGAGAUUUGUAGGAUAAGGUUGGUUUCCUACUUUCCUUUCCUUUCAGCCAUUCCAUUAAUCUUAGUUACCCAGAUCAGAUGGUAAGUUUUAGCUCAUGUCUGUUUCAGUAUUGAGAUUGUGUGCUUGUUUUCAUAAAUGUAAGUUACAUGUCAGCUCAAAAAGUAGCUAGGGUCAGAGUGUGCCUGGUCUGAGUUUAUGAACUGUACUGUACUAUUAAUAAUCCUUACUGUCACACUCACAGUACAUAAUUAACAGAGUAUAUUUUGAUGUUUAUUGUAUUAUUUGGCAUUUCUGUCUCUGAAUUCCUGAGCUACUCUCCUUAAUGGUAAA